GACUCGGACUAUGAACCGGAUAAAUCAUGGUUUAUAACGAAAAAUCAGCUGACUUGAUACAGCAGACAGUGUAAGUCAUCUGAGUGUAAGCAUUUGCUAUUGUUAUGAAGUAAAAAGUGUUUAGGCCUACUCAUUGUUGUUUUAUAUUUUAGACCCAUGGCCGCAUAUACUAUUACUAAAUACUAAUUAAUAUUUAAUAUUAGUAUUUAUGAAAGUAUUAAUUAUUAAAAACUAUUUAAAAUAUUAUUUAUUAGGAGUCAGGAGUCUAGGAGUGAAUCCAAAACAGCAAAUUAACUUAACAAAACACGCCAAUAACGUCAGGGUGCUAUCUCUCCAAAUUAGCCUACUAUUAUUAUUAGUAUUAGGAUUACUCGGAUUAAUGAUUAGGAUUUUAUUAGUAUUUUUUUAUUAGAACAUUAAAGUCUGAUAAUUUGUUUUCCAGUUCCUAUGACCAUCCAUACUCCAUCGAAAACAAUUAUUGAUACAUGAACAUGUUACAGUCGAACUCACUUAUCUGUCUCAACCUCGGUUAACUCGUCAAGCCUGUUAUGUCAACCUUUUUGAUGUGGAGUCGCCAAAUUCUCUCUUUGUCUUAGCAUUUUCUCAUUGGUUAUGUUGAUUCUUUUAUUUAGCCAAACCCUGAUCACUGAUAGCUGAGUACAAAAGGCGCCCAAUUCGCCACAUAUCAUUGUCCGCACAAUUAACUUGACUCGAAAGAAGCAAGAGGCUUGCAGUACCUUUUCUAUUUAUAGCAAAUCCCAAGGCCGGUGACGUAACCAGGUUCUACUGUACAUGACUUAGACAUAGGCAUAGGACAUAGAUUUAGAUCUUAAAGUCAUGAUAUUAAUUUAUAUUGACAAUCAAAUAAUUAUUCAAAAUGAAAACAAUUUUAAUAAAAUUUUAAUCAUUCAUUAAAUUUCUGAAUCAUUAAUUUAAUCCAUUGAAUGCUUAAUCUGAUUAAUCAUUAUCAUUUCAUUAUAAAAUAUAUUAUAUAAUUAUAAUAUUUAUAAACUGCAACACUUAACAAUACUUUACUACUAUAUUGGGUGUAUUUAUUUAAUUUACUCUCAGUGUCUGUGACUGUGUGUAACUAUUUUUUUGUAAAUGGGUCAAUUAAUCACAUGAAAACCAAAGAAAGGAUCACAGCUAAAUUUGACAUGAAUUCAUGAGCAUUCCUCGGGCUUCUGACCUAUAAAUUAUAAGUUGAUGGUUCCUCGAAAGUUUGGUCAUAAUGCCCAUAUCCCAAAAGCUGUAAUUUAAACAAAUCUUUAUUUGUAGACAAUAAAUACUAACAAAAAUAAAGUUUUUUUAAAAUUAAAUGGCUUCGAGGGACAUUCAAGUUAAGUUAUUUUUGGGAUGCGCAUUUUUAAUAAGCUUUUAAAAAUUUUAUUUUUAUUCAGAACAGUGUGAUUUCAAAAAUCUAUUAAGGUAAUUAAAAGAGGGUUUUCUGUGGACUUUUUGUUUGGUGCAUUCAUUUUACAAUAAAGUGCUUAUAAAGUGUAGUGCUUUGUUCUAUGCUUGCAGAGCAGUGUUUUUAGUACUAUUGGGGGGACACCCCCCCCCCCCUUCCCUCCCCAAUCUGAAUGAUUUGUAUAGUGUAUCUUAGGGAUAACUAAAAUGGCCCAUUUUGAAAUAGGUUCCUGCAAUAGCUUUUGUCACUGGCGAUUGAUUAUUAAUGGAAAUGGCGUGGGCCCCAAAUUCAAUGUUUACAAUAAUUAUUAUACAUCUGGCUUUUUAUAGAAAAAAAAAUUUUCAUUUUAAUUUGUACUUAAAAAAAUUGUUUUGACAGGGCCCUAUAUUUAAAGCUUUAUAAUUUUUUUCUGGAUACAAACCUGAGCAAAGCUGGGUUUAUUGGCUAGUAUAUUAUAUUAUUUAUAGGCCUAUAAAUAGCAAUAGGCCUAUAAUUUAAAACGCUCAAUGAUUAUAUAUAUGACAUCUUUCUGUCUUUGUGAGAGGAUAGAGCAGCUUAUUGACCCUUCAUCAAAUGGCUUACCAGGCUGAUCCUGGAAUUGCAAUCUUGGUUGCGCUUCUCGCAGGAGACCCUCGUCUUCUGGUUAACUUUGGCCUUCCAUAAUUCUCUUUUUGUUGUAAAGGUUUUGUUGUGUACAUCUUCUGCCUGCUUUACCCCCUCAUACACGGCUGUUUGCCAGCUGGAACAGUUCUCAGCGGUCAUAUCCCAUUUGUUGAUUUCUAUGUUGGCUUCCCUCAUGUUCCUUUUACAAACAUCCUUAAAUCAUUGCAGCAGCUGUUGGAUAAGCCCUGCCCUCUCUGCCAACUCUCCAUACGGCAGAUCCUUUGGAAUUUGGCCCUCAUUCAUUCUCCUUACAUGGCCUAACCAUUGAAGAUGCAUUGUGCUAAGAGUGGAGAACAUGCCACACAUUUUGGCACAUUUCAAAACCUCUGUUGUGUCAGGCACUUUGUCCUGCCAUCACUGUCUACACUGACUAUUACUAUACACUAUAUUCACUGUGAAAAUAACUAUCUAUAUAUAUAUACUAUAUAUUAUUAUACAUUUUGAUAUGCUUGAAAAUAGUUAAUUAUUAUUAUAUUUUUAAUUUUCUUUAUCAGUGUCUUUACUGAGGAAACUUUAUCCUUAGGGGCCAUCAUCCAUGUCACACCAUUUGGGUCAUUUUUUACCUUUCCAGACGUCACAAAAUUGUAAUAUGAAUUCUCGGGCCGCUUAGGAGUCACUAAUCCUAGCUACGCCACUUUUUCUAUGACACCGAUCACACUUUUAAUUAAAAUAUUAAUGGACACAAAAUAAAAUGCCAUUUGUCGGGAUUUCAGUUACAUUUUUAGUGACAGAAAUCAUAACUUUCAACUUGAGAUAUGCCUUCCUAUAAGACAAUUUAUUUAGUCGGGUUUAUUUGUGAGGCAGAAAUAAUGUAUCACCUAUAUCUGACAGUUAUUCUGUGAUAUAUUACGGUGGGAUUCUUUGUAUGCGUAUAGGCUUAAUCAUCAGUGUUAAAAAUGCAUUAUUUGAAAGCUUUCGUGAAAGUUCACAAACUUAUCCCGUUAUCUGAUCAUGCUUAAAUGCAACUAGAUAAGAAAAUAGAAUUGAUUGACACAUGGAUAACAUAAAUGGCUUGCACUUGUCCUUACAUCACACGUGAUUGAUGGCCUGGUCUUAACUGUUUCAUUUCAAACUUGAAGAGAUUUACUACAAUUUUUUUUUUUUUUUUUUAUAUUUUACAGAAUAAUCCAAUAAUUUUUCAAACUUGGUUUUUACGGCAUGUCCAAAUGUAAAUGAAAAAAAAUAUAAAAGUUUUUGAAAAUAGUAUUUUUAAAUUUUCCUAAUCUCCCAAUUUUUUAUUGUUUCUUUUCAAACUUGAAGAGAUUUAAAAAAAUUUUUUUUUUUUUUUUUUAGAUUUUACAGAAUAAUCCAAUAAUUUCUCAAACUUGGUUUUGACGGCAUGUCCAAAUGUAAAUGAAAAAAAAUAUAAAAGUCUUUGAAAAUAGUAUUUUUAAAUUUUCCUAAUCUCCCAAUCAAUAAUAAUUUGUCUUGCUUUUUACUUAUGCAUCACUUGUUGAAUUUUUUACAUUUGUGCCCAAAUACCUACACCACUUUAUUACAAUUUUUAUAAAAACUAAAACAUUGAAAGAGUUUUUGGGAGGGGGGAAUACAUAAAAAAAACAACUUUUGAUGUGUUUAGGAGGGGUCGGGGUGGGGGUAGGCAUAUAAAUAGCUCAGGGACCUAAUCCUAGCCCUUAUUGCCUUAAAUAAGUGUUGAAUUAUCUUAAUUAUACCCAAAAAAAUGUAACCUUUUCAACUUACAAAUUCAUUGCCAAUAAAAGGAAGAGUUUAUUAAAUGUUACUUUUCAUAGAAACUUGUAUAUUUGUAGCCCUAUUUUCUCUUUCACUACUUGUCUUAUUUAAAGUUAACAAGUGUCUCAAAACUUAGAUGUAGUGACUGCUAAGCAAGAAUAUAAAAAAAAACAUCACCCCACAUAGUCCUUAAAAACUUUGUCCUAUAAAUACAAGGUUACGUGUGAUCAACAUUGAUAUCAGUAACAUUCUUUUAGCAAGCAAUUUAACUGUCAUUUGUUGAUGAUCAGAUCUUAAUAUAUUUGUAGCUGAAGUACUUAUGCUGAAUAGUUGGAUAUUAAGAUAUAUUUAGAUAUAAUUCUAAAAAAAAGUUAUUUGGCUUACCUUCAGUGAAAAGCUGUUUAGUUAUAUUUUCUUAUAGUUAACAUUUUAAUUUUUAAAAAUUAGCUGUCACCAAAAAUAACAAGUGAAAAAAAAAUAUUUCAAAUUAAUAAUCAGAAAGUACCAUCAUUUAAAAAAGUUUUAAAAAAAUAUUUUCAGGUUAAAAGAUGACCAUCUUUAAAUCUGAAAACCGCAAGCCGGCAGACUCUGUGAUUUGGAAAUCACCUACCUCUAUUGUAAAGCAGAAGCCAUCUUCAAACAUAAAGUAUGGCAAUCUAAACAGUGCUAUUUACAAAAUAAGCUUAGAGAAACACCACAGAGAUGAAACCAAAUGUGGGAAACUCUUCCGUAAAGUCUUAAGGUUAGCCAGCUGCUUGCUGGUCCUGUGUCUCUUGGCAUGCAUCUGUUUGAUCAUCUAUCAGUCACUAUCGAAAUCCUUGUACAAGCGACCCACCGGUCAGGCUGACCAGUGCACUAUCGACGAGAACGAUAGAUUUGACUGCUGGCCAGAGAAAAACGGAGCAUCGGAGCAAGGAUGCAUCAGAAGAGGAUGUUGUUGGAAAGCAGCCACGGUCCCCAACACGGCACCCUACUGUUUCUUUCCGUCCAACUAUAGUGGAUACGAUGCAAGGCAAGUGACCGUCUCGUCCAAUGGGAUUGAUGCGACGCUUGUUAGGACGACCAGCACCUUUUUCUCUCCAGAUGUCAAAACUCUGAAACUGAGAGUCGACUUCCAGAAUGACUACCGGCUGCGAAUCAGGGUAGGUUAUUAUACUAAUGUACUGGGGUGAGUGAGGGGGGUGUAGGGGUUGGUGGUCAGCAUUGAUGGCUAGAAAAAUAAUGCCGAAAAGUAACUAACUUUAUUCAUGCUUUUAUGACCCGAUAAAUGGUCUUAUAUUUAAAAUAUUUGUGUUAAAAAUCAACAUUCUUGUAUUAUAAAUGUUGUAAAUUCAAAUAUUUAUGGCACUCAGCUUUCUGGAUACAUUUUGAAAAUUCAAGUCAUCCAUUUUUUAAAAUUAGAAGCUUCUAAUGUUUGUUUUGAAUCAUCUCCUAAAUAAUGGAUGGCAACUUUUAAAUGGACAUAACACUGACUAUAUCAUUACUACUUUCCCCAAGCUGUGCUUACUAAUAUAUAUUCCAAACGCACAUAUUAAAAUUUGUAAAAAAACUACCUUAUUAUUAUGUCUUUGCAAAAAAAAUAAAUAAAAUAAGUAGUUUUCAUUUGUGCUUUAAGAAGUUUUAUCUGUACUGCCUUUUUGAUGGGCUAUUCUAAAGUACUGGACCAGAAUCAAAUGUGUUUGAAACCUCUCUUCCAGCUUUAUGAUCCAAACAAUGCGCGGUUUGAAGUUCCACUGGAUGUGCCCUCUGGUUCCAGCAGUGUUCUGAACCCACUGUAUAAUGUCACCGUAAUGUCACCAUUUAAUAUUGUGGUCACAAGAGUUUCUACUGGGGCUACUGUGUAAGUUAUCUUUGGGGAGUUUUUAUUGUGUGGGUCAUUCUGGGGCUACUGUGUAAGUUAUCUUUGGGGAGUUUUUAUUGUGUGGGUCAUUCUGGGGCUACUGUGUAAGUUAUCUUUGGGGAGUUUUUAUUGUGUGGGUCAUUCUGGGGCUACUGUGUAAGUUAUCNCCCCCCCCCCCGGACACAUAAAAAAAAAAAAUUAAAAUGAUUUACAAUUUUUUUAGCAACCUGCUCCAAUUGAUGCCAGUGUGAACCAAAAGUAGGGGUUCUAUUUAGACACUAUUUAUAGAGUUACAAAUUGGGCAUUUGGCAUUGUAAAUCAGAAGUAUAAAUAGAACACUUCAGGUUUAUCAGAAUGUUAGAAAGGGUCUUUGAAAAAUAACUGGUAGGUAUAAAUGGUAGGGAUUGUGGCACUUGACCUUGUUAUUUGUGGAAAGAGUUGAGUGGGGGAUGUUUGUUUAUAUUCUAAUAACUAUUUUUAGACUGCUUUAUAUGACAUAUAUUUACAUUGUAUUGAAGUUCAGCUCAUGGUGUGCAAAAAUAUUUGUUUUGAAAUUCUUGAUAAUCUCAUUGUAAAUUGCAUUCUUGAUUUAAAAAUAAUUUUUAAAAAAUUAUUUCAAACUACAGGUAGAUUACAAUAAAAUGGUUAUUUUAUAAACUAAUUCUAUCAAGUAAACAUUUUUUCUAUCAAGUCUUAGAUUUGCUUGUUAAAUUUGAUGCUCACAAAAUUCAGGAUGUCUUUUAUUUUGAAUCUUUAAAGAGCCUUAUGUUUACUUGAAAGAAACCUAUAGUAAAGCCAUCAAGCUUUUUCUUACUGCCAAGGCCACAUUCAGCAAUCAUUUUGGUUUUUGAGUUCUAUAUAUUGUAAAUCCUUGACUUAAGUUUGUGAGAAGAGGAUGCUCAAGAUCGCAGUCAAGAUAAUUGGAAAACUUUUCUUAUUUAGAUUUGACACAAGAGGCACGGCACCACUGAUUUUCUCUGACCAGUACUUGCAGAUUGCCACCAGACUUGCCAGUAAAUUUCUCUAUGGCAUUGGAGAACAUCGCAGCACCUUUGCUCAGGAUCUGUCUUCUUGGAAGAGGCUGGUCUUCUGGAACAGGGAUGAUGUUCCAAAGGUUAGUACCAAUGUUCUCAGUGCUUGUCUCGCUAACUCAUAAAAUUAAAUGAUACAUUAUUAUCCUUAAUUUUAAUUAAAUACAGUGGAAUCUGGGAUAAAGAAUGCCCCAGUUAACGAAUAAAUCGGCUGACAAACAAGUUUUUUGAACAAUUUUUUUUCUCUGUUAACAAAUGAUACAUCGGGUUAUGAGCUUGGUUUUUGUGGCCAGACAGCUACAGGAAAAGUGCAGGGAACAAAAUGUUGACCUCUUCUCUACCUAUGUAGACCUGACAAAAGCUUUCGACACUGUCAGUAAAGAGGCCCUUUGGAAGAUCAUGGCCAAUUAUGGAUGCCCCAGAAAGUUCAUGUCAAGGGUACGACUAUUCCAUGAAGCUAUGCAGGCUAGAGUUCGGGAUAAUGGAGAGACAUCAAAACCAUUUCCUGUAACCAACUGCGUGAAACAAGGAUGUAUACUUGCCCCAACACUUUUCAGCCUCAUAUUUUCCACAAUGCUGACCGACGCCUUCAAAGAGAGAGACGCUGGAAUUGGCCUCAGAUACCGAAUUGACGGUAAUCUAUUCAACCCCAAGAGGCUACAUGCCAAAACAAAGGUCCUGACAGACACCAUCAAGGACCUUCUGUAUGCAGACGACUGUGCCCUAAACGCUGUAUCAGAAGUGAAUAUGCAACGCUGCGUUUCAAACUUUUCUAAUGCCUGCACAAACUUAGGGCUCACCAUUAACACACAAAAAACUGAGGUCAUAUACCAACCAGCUCCUCGAAGCCCUUAUGUUGAGCCCAACAUCCCAGUAUAUGGCGAAAGACUUAAGGUGGUGAAGGCUUUUCUUAUCUCGGCAGCACAUUGUCCCAAAGCACAACCAUCAAUGACGAGGUUAACCUCCAUAUUGCGAGAGCCAGUGAAACCUAUGGAAAACUGACCAGGAGAGGUAUCAGCACUCAAACUAAACCGAAAGUAUAUCAGGCGGCUUUUCUCCCUACGCUUCUCUGUGCCAGUGAAACGUGAAUGGUCUACCAACGCCAUGCAAGAAUGCUGAACCACUUUCAUACAACAAGACUCUGAAAAAUACUCAACAUUAAAUGGCAGGAAAGGGUCCCAGACCCUCACACGGGCAGGUCUCCCCAACAUCUUUACCAUCUUAAUGAAGUCUGAGCUUUGCUGGGCUGGACAUGUUGUGAGAAUGUCAGAUGACCAUCUGCCCAAAAGAAUUUUCUAUGGUGAACAAGGAAAGCGGUCUGCUGGCCGGCAGAAAAAAAACGCUUUAAAGACAACCUAAAAGCCUCACUGAAAGCAUUCAACAUAAACCUAGACGUUUGGGAGGAAAAAGCAAAGGAUCGAAUUUCAUGGCAUUCCACUUUACACAGGAGCUCCAUGCAAAAUGAAGUUGGCAGAACAGCGACUGCAGAGAGCAAGAGACAUGCCAGGAAGGCCCGGUCUGACUCUGCUCCCAGAGAUACGCCAUCAUUCCCCUGCACCUACUGCACAAGAGAAUUUCGUGCCAGAAUCAGCCUCAUUAGCCAUCUGCGCAGCCACAGACAGAACUAGCACAAACUAUGAUGAUUAAAGUGGUCAUGGUAGCCUCCCAACUGAAGAACAACACAAACAUUCUCACAGGCUCAAUAGGGCUUUGCAUUAAACAUCGUUGGUGUGAUUGUUGUACUUAAAAAAACACCACUUCUUGUUUUAUUUUAGCUCUCUUGGCGCCCAAAGAGAAAAAUCUUAUGAACAGAAAUCAUUUUAAUCUGGAAGUAUAGAAAUAAGUGAUAUUAAACAUGAUAAUGACAUUACAGUUUUGUAUAUUAAUGUGUUUGACAUGUCUAUAAUGCAAGAUAUUUUAAUAAUAAUGGCUAUGGAACUCAUCCUUUUCUUCCUCUCAGGUUAAUACUAAUGGCUAUGGAACACAUCCUUUUCUUCCUCUCAGGUUAAUACUAAUCGCUAUGGAACUCAUCCUUUUCUUCCUAUCAGGUUAAUAAUAAUGGCUAUGGAACUCAUCCUUUCUUCCUCUCAGGUUAAUAAUAACGGCUAUGGAACUCAUCCUUUCUUCCUAAACUUGGAGCCAUCAAGUGGUUCCUCAGAAGGUCCAGCUGAUGCUCAUGGUGUCUUUUUGCUGAACAGUAAUGCAGGGGGUGAGUUGAAGUGAAUGGCUUGUUCAGAAUAUUUGGCUGAUUUUUUCUCAAUAUGGUGUUAGGUCAAAGAUUUCUUUAUCAUUUCCUAGAUUUGUUAAAGUUUCUUAAGGAAUCAACGUAAAAAAAUAUAUCAAGAAAUAAGUGAAUUUGCAUUUUCAGAAGUGGCACUCCAGCCAUUUGGCACAGCCGGUGCUGUCACCUAUCGCUAUCUCGGAGGCGUUCUUGAUUUCUUCAUAGUAAUGGGGCCUGAGCCGGUCAAAGUGGCCAGUCAGUUCACAGAAAUUGUGGGUCAAACGUUCUUCCCACCAUUUUGGUCCCUGGGUUUCCACCUAUGUAAAUGGGGCUACAACUCGGCUAAUGAGCUGCAGAAUGUGAUACAAAGAAACAGGAAUGCUUCCAUCCCUUAUGUGAGUGCUUGUGACUGUCAUGGUCGAUGGAAGAAGGAGAUGGCUAACAUGAAUGACCUGAGAGUAUUUCUCAGUUACAGUAGUGCUGUCUACAUAAGUUGACUAGUUUACAGAAAAUUUAAGACAAGAAAAUAUGCAAGCAUUGGACACAUCGCCGCAAAUAGGAAUUUCUUUAUUCAACUAUUUUGAUUUUAAUGUGCCAUUUCAAAUUAAGAUUAGCAACUUCUGUUUUAACUUUAAAAAAAUGUAAUUCAAGUGUCCUUCAAGUUAGUCAACCUCCUUUGUCCAUGGCCUCAAUAAAAGCAAAGUCAAUUUUUAUUUUUGUUGUAUUUUCAAAACAGAGGUAGCUCUACAGCUGUAUGGCCAGAACCAGAAUGGUGCGGUCACUUAUCGAAUGCUUGGUGGCAUCCUUGACUUUUUCAUUGUCUUGGGACCCAGUCCUCUUGCAGUAGCCUCGCAGUACACCGAAAUCACCGGCCGGACACAGUUCCCUCCAUUUUGGUCCUUGGGGUUUCAUAUAUGCAAAUAUGGGAUUGCCAAUUCUGCAGCACUGCGGGACAUGAUAAAAAGGAACAGGGAUGCCAAUAUGCCUUAUGUAUGAUUACUGUGUCAGUGUAGUUAAUGUCUACCAUUUAACAGGGUGUAACUUUUUAGUGGCUUAGAUCUAUUUUAAUUUACAUUAUCCAUGUUAAGAGAUAAAUAUCGGAGUUAAGUAAAGUGUGCCCAUGAGUUUUGCUUAAGCUGAAUCUAUUUUUAUGACAUUUAACAGCUAUCUUGGUACAAACAAGAAAUUUAUAUUUUUUAUAUUACUUCUACUCUUCUUAUAAAAUGUUCUUGUCAUUUUUAGACAUAGUGAAGUAUUUGGCUUAUGAAGCAAGAAAUAAUUUUUGAAAUACCGGUAUAUUAUAUUAUAUCCAAAGUUUCAAUAGCAUUAUUUGACCUAAGUCCUGUGAUAUCUGUAUUGAAAUGAAUAAUCUAACAACUCUGAAAGACUUUCUCACAUUUUUUAUGCAUCCAGGACGUCCAGUGGACAGAUAUAGACUACAUGGAUGGCCAUAAGGACUGGACCUAUGACAAGAACAACUUUGCUGGCCUACCAAGCAUUGUUCAAGAUCUCCACAGCAACCAACAAAGAUAUAUCAUUAUGGCCGUAAGUAGGACUAAAUCACUUUAUACAAAACUACUUAUUGCCAAAGCUUGGCAACAGUUGGCUACUGUCAUCUUUCUUUCUCCCAGUCUUAUAUGGCUGAUAAGCUAUAGCCCCCUUUGCCGAUUACAACAUCAAGGUUCUUUUUUUUUUUUGUGUCAACUAAAAUGGACUUGUUUAUUUCGCAUGUAGGACCCUGCAAUUUCAAGUGAGCAACCCUCAGGAAGUUAUGCCCCCUUUGAUGAUGGUAAACAAAUGGACGUAUUUGUCAAGAAGGCCAACGGUGAUAUUCUUAUCGGCUCAGUAAGUUCACAUCUUGAGCGUGAUAAAGGGGAUGUCGCACUUCUGAUAUAAACACAUUGAUUUUGUUUAUAUCUAACACUAAGUUUUAAGGACAUGCACAUUUUUACCUGAGACACAAUGGAACUAAUAAGUGUUUCAUAUUACGUGUUUGAAGGAUUUUAAUUUGCUUUAGCUUUCAUUUUUUUACCACUUUGAUAUCAAAAUAUACUCACAGCUUUGAUUAGUUAAAAGUUAUUGGUUUAAGUUUGGCCAAAUGCAGACAAAAACUCAAUUAAGCAAAGUGUUAAUGAAGUUGUUUUUUUUCUGACAUCAUUCUUCAGCUUACUUCUAUCUUUAAAGGGCAACAAGCACUUGAUGAUAUUAAAUCACGUUGCCAGGAUGUAUUCCUAGAGUCAAUAAUUUUCUGAUAAAUCCACUGCCAUGAUAUAAUCUUAUUCACUUAUUCCUAGACAACAAUUUCUAAUCAUAUUUAAGACAUUUCAAAUUCAAAUGUUGACUAAACCAAGACAUAAAUAUCGGCUUGAGAAAUUAAAUAAAUUUUUUAGUUGUAAACAUUUCCUUGCAGGUUUGGCCAGGCAAGACUGCUUUCCCAGAUUUCUUUCACCCAAAUGCUUAUAAAUACUGGUACAAGCAGGCCAGUGAGUUCCAUGCCAUUCUGUCAUUUGAUGGACUUUGGAUUGUGAGUCAGGCUCCUUUAUAUUUAAAUUUUUGCUAAAAUAAUUUGGAAAUAGUAGCAUUGCUGUUCAAUUUCUCUGUACAUUUAUAUCAUGUUAUAUGUGUGAACUUGUUUCAUGUGGAUUGAGUAAAAGAUAUAUUGUUAAACUGGAUGGCAGUUAAUUUCAUAAUUUCUCAUCCAGGACAUGAAUGAGCCAUCCAGCUUUAUAGAUGGGUCAGUUGAUGGUUGCACUCAGUCCUCUCUGGACCAUCCGCCAUUUACUCCCGCCAGUAAGUUUAUCACCAACUACUGAACUCAGCAGAUAUUUUUAUUACACAAUGGGAGCCAUUUUGAAACGAAAGCAAUUAAUUUACCAUUAUAAAAAUAUUGACAUUUUCACAUAAAUUUUUCUUAAAACACCAUAUAUGAAAUUAUUUCUUUGUAUUCUUAAAACUUGUAAUUUACAUGGGAUAUUUGGAAAAAAAUUAAUCCUGUCAAAAUUGUUUUUUAAUUAGAAAACAUUGCAGCUAUUGAAUUUUUUAGUGUUAAAAGUUGAAAUAAAAAACUUUGCUUUUUUUGGAUACCUUUUUUCUUCUCUGUGUGUUUUCUUUCUAUCUUUAUAUUCUAACUGACUGAAUAAAAUAUGUUGCUUUUUUCGUCUAUGCUCAAACAGCUAUUGAUGGUGGUAGCCUGUACUCUAAAACCAUCUGUCCAUCUGCCAAACAUGCCAUCUCUUCUCAUUACAACCUACACAACAUGUACGGGUGGUCUCAGGCCAACAUUACCAGGGCGUAAGUAACAUUAUCAAAUUAUUUCUCAGCGGGUUGUCACCUCAUUUUAUCAAUUGAAAUUUUUUUUUAGUGAUGUUUAAAAUAUUUUUAUAUUAAAAUUAAUAAGUUGUAUGGUGCUUAAAUAGAGUAUUUAAGUUUUCAUAAUGAUACCACUUGGGUUGAGGAUAUUAGAAAAUUAUAAUAUUAAAGAAAUGUGUCCUCAAUCAUUUAAAUUACUGUAUUUAAAAUUAAUAUUAAACUUUCCCUUCAAAUUUUAAACAAAAGAUAAUCUAUAGAAUUAAAUAUUUAAAAAAAAUAAAAAGUCUUAUUGUUGAGAUGAUAGUUUAAAGUUUAAACAAAAUUAUGCAGAAAUCUUCAUUGAGACCAAAAAUCAAAAUGCUAUUUGUAUGUUAACAUCUUUUACUGCAGAGUACUAGACACCAUUUUUCCCAAUAAAAGGACCCCUCUGAUAACUCGAUCAAGUUUUGCCGGCAGUGCAAAGUACACAGGGCACUGGUUGGGAGAUAACAACUCAGACUAUGAUGAUCUUUAUUACUCAAUUCCAGGUAACUAGACAUCUAUAUAACAUCAUAAUACAUCAUUCCCUGUGUAACAAUGUCACUAACACUACCAGAUGCCAUGAUUUCGCAAAAAAUUCCAGACAACUGCACCCUUAAAAAUUCUGCGAGUGCGUUUGGUGAGUAAUAUUUUCUUUUGUUUAUGGAAAUAGUCUCAAUUCAACUAUGGUCUUAUAGUCUCAAUUCAAAUAUGGUCUUAUAGUCUCAAUUCAACUAUGGUCUUAUAGUCUCAAUUCAAAUAUGGUCUUAUAGUCUCAAUUCAAAUAUGGUCUUAUAGUCUCAAUUCAAAUAUGGUCUUAUAGUCUCAAUUCAAAUAUGGUCUUAUAGUCUCAAUUCAAAUAUGGUCUUAUAGUCUCAAUUCAAAUAUGGUCUUAUAGUCUCAAUUCAAAUAUGGUCUUAUAGUCUCAAUUCAACUAUGGUCUUAUAGUCUCAAUUCAAAUAUGGUCUUCUUAUAGUCUCAAUUCAACUAUGGUCUUAUAGUCUCAAUUCAACUAUGGUCUUAUAGUCUCCAUUCAACUAUGGUCUUAUAGUCUCAAUUCAACUAUGGUCUUAUAGUCUCAAUUCAACUAUGGUCUUAUAGUCUCAAUUCAACUAUGGUCUUAUAGUCUCAAUUCAACUAUGGUCUUAUAGUCUCAAUUCAACUAUGGUCUUAUAGUCUCAAUUCAAAUAUGGUCUUAUAGUCUCAAUUCAACUAUGGUCUUAUAGUCUCAAUUCAACUAUGGUCUUAUAGUCUCAAUUCAACUAUGGUCUUAUAGUCUCAAUUCAAAUAAAUCUUGGGUAUAAAAGGUGGUGGAUAUUAGAAUACUAAUAUAGUUCAGAGGGGAACACUAAGUGGCCAUCUUAUAAAGUGCGUUAAUUGAAUGCAUGUUUUUUCAAGUAACUUUAUUAGAUGGGAAGUUCACACAUUGCGGUCGCCAUUGUUUGGCGGGUUAUAUCUAGUUCUAAAUAAUAUAUAUAUAUAUAUAUAUGAGUUCAAGUUGAACAUUCCUCUGUCGCUGGUUCACUUUUACCAAAUUACUUCUGAAAACAGUGUAACUAUGAAUAGGAAAAGUGGCGGACGGUCUUUUUUUGUGUGUAUCCUACUAAGUGUUUGUUAAAAUGAAUGACUUGUUAAAUAUAUUUUUUAUCAGCUUUUAAUGUUUGAUGUACAUCAUUUUUUGUUUUACUGAAUGAAAUGUGGGUAUUAACUCCCUUGAAAGUGAAAGCAAAAGAAUGAUACUUAAUCAAUGGUUUAUUCCGUUAAGAAACCGCCACUCUUAAAUUUCUUCUUUCAUUCGUCUUGUUAAAGUUAAAGAUAUUAUUUCAAACAUUAACAUUUACCUUCUAUCUCCAAAAAUUUAUGAUUAACAUAGAUGAUGCAUCUCUUGUUUUCUUUGCUCCCAGGCAUUCUGAACUUUAAUCUGUUUGGCCUGACUUUCAUCGGCGCUGACAUUUGUGGGUUUAGAGGAACGACGACUCCACAACUUUGUACCCGCUGGCACCAGCUUGGCGUCUUCUAUACGUUUAUGAGGAACCAUGCAGACUUAGGGUCACCGGUAUGAGGAUAUGUCUACUUUCUCUUUCUGUAUUUUGAACUAGUCCACUUUUUAUCACCUUGGUCUAGUUAUUUAAUGAAAUAUUUUGUUGAAACUACAUUUUUUUACAACAUAUUUUAUAAUAAUCGUUUUUUUUAAAAUAUCAGGCCCAAGACCCUGGCUCUUUUGCUGAACCAUAUCUAGGCUACAUCCGUGAUGCACUGAAGCUGAGAUACACACUUCUUGCUGUGCUGUACACGGCAUUGUUCAAGUCUCAUGUCGUUGGGCUGCCUGUCAUCAGACCACUGUUUUAUCUGUAAGCAUUGAUGGUCUCUUUAGAUAUUAACCUCAUCAGUGUUCUAUCAAAAGUGAACAUUUGAUUUGAAAAGCCUUUGAGCUGAUUCAUAGCUGAGCAAGAUAGAUAUACCAGGAUGGGCUCAUAGAGCCUGUACCAGGAUUGGCUCAUAGUCUUUUUCUUUGGCAUAGGUACACCUCUAAAAUCAGCUGACAAAGUUUUGGCAAUCUGAUUCAAAUAAAUAAACCUUGGACCUGUAGGAAAUUGAGUGAUUAAAUAGAGACAUGGUGAUAAGUUUAAUUUCAUGCCAGGCGUUCUUGAUUGAUAAAUUAUUAUUGAGGAUUAUCUGUAAACUUUUUCAUCAAAGGUUUCUUAGGUUGACAUCUUGAUAAACUUAUCUAAGCCACCAUCACUGCUGGGGGGAUUUUGUCUACCAUCUUUUCCAGCUGAUCUAUUAUCUCCUAGAUCAGCGGUUCUCAACCUGUGGGUCACGACCCCUUUGGGGUUCGCGGGACCCUUUUCCAGGGGUCGCCUAAGACCAUCUGAAAACACAUAUCCUUACAGCUAAUGAAGUAGCAACGAAAAUAAUCGUGUGGCUGGGUGUCGCCACGACACAAGAAACUGUAUUAAAGGUCACGGCACUAGAAAGGUUGAGAACCACUGUCCUAGAUGUAUAUUGGCUUGUAUUGUUUAUGUUUGUAAGGGAUGAAAGAAUUAGAAUGGGUAUUCUCGUAUGUAGUUUUUGUAAUUUUGCGUUUUGUAUUUCAAUGUGGUAUAAUAUAGAUUUUUUUUUCAUUUCUCUUUUAACAUGGUUGACUUUGUACCACGCUUCAAGCCUUUGGGGAUGAAGUGUGAUUUUCAAAUAAACUUUAUUAUUAUUAUUAUUAUUAUAUAUAAAGCAAAUUGUAUGCUAACAAUGACUUUAGUCACAUUUAUUUCUAAUCUAACCAGGUAUCAGGGCACAGAGACCAUAGAUAAACAGUUUAUGUGGAGUGAUUCUCUCAUGGUGGUGCCAGUGUUGAAUGAGGUCAAGCAUAUAGUUUUGUCUUUAAUUGGGAAUUUGGGUUUUUCUUUUUUGGUACAAAACUGUACACAUGAUCAGAACUUUUAAUUUUUUGUUUGUUUGAAACUGUAACACUUUGAUUCAGCACCAUCUAGAUUUAAAAUUAUGCAAAGCUAAACUAUACAUAUUUGUAAUUUAAAAAAUAUGAAAUAAUAAGUCAAACACUAUUACCAAAAAAAUUGUUUCAAUUUAAAAAAAAAUAAAAAUUUUUUACUUUUCAAAAUUCCUGCUUGGUAUAAAAAUUUCAUGUUAAUUUAUGAAUAACUUUUGCUUUUCUUAUAUUUUUUUAUCUUUAUAAUAUUUUAGAAUGAAGUUUUCGUGAAUGCCUUUAUUCCCAAUGACACAUGGUAUGAUUUUUAUGAUGGUCACCCCAUCGCCGCUCGAGGGGAAUACCUGACAUUGAAUGCGCCUUUGAACACCAUCAAUGUUUUGGUUCGUGGAGGCUCCAUUCUUCCACUUCUCCCGGCCACAGAGCGUACAGAUAUUUCGUAAGUGAUGGAGAAAUGAACGAACUGCACACAUUUCAAAGAAAUUCUAAAGUGCGUUCAUCAUUUUAUUACUUCCAGGAAUGCUGAUCAUAAAUGAAUUGCCGUUUUUUUAGCUAAAAAAUAUAGGCAUCUAAAUCAAACUGUUAUUGUUUUAUUAUGUCAUAUUUAGGAGCACAAUGAGGAAAUGAAAUUUAUCAUAAACUUGUUCUAAAUCAGUUUUCCUAAUUUUUAUUUGACUUAUAAAUGAAAAAAAUUGUUAAAAAAUUUAAAUUCUUCAGACGUCAGCAAAAAUUUAGACUUUUCGUUACCCUCAAUGAAAAUGGCACUGCAAAUGGUGAACUGUUCUGGGAUGACGGAGAGAGUGCAGGUAGCUAUGUUGAUGAUAAACAUUAUUAAGAUAUUAGAAUACACAGUUUUAUAGUAUGGUGAUCACAUUAUGCCAAAAUAUGUUACAAUUUAUUCUAACACUGUGGCUGUUUUAUUGAAAUAAGCUAAAGGGUUUUGUUUUUAAAUAACAACACCUUUGCUCAUCUCAAUCUGACUCCGUGACUUCCAGAACUUUCUUUAUCACCAGUGUAUGUCAUGGCUUUUUAAAACUAUGUUAAAUUAAAUUAAAUUAUAUAUUGAGGUAAAUAUUAAGUUUUUUAAAAUAAUUCCAGAUAGUAUCACAUCAUCCAAGUACUCUCACAUUUACUUCUCACUGUACGCAAAUGUAAGUACUUUACCAGGGGCAUCUACACAGGGGGGGUGUGGAUAUAUGCCCCUGUACUAAGCUACUUUAUUUCCUUUAUUUAGAGGAUAGUAUGUGGGGUGUACUGGUGAGUUUCAUUGUUUUUAUGGUCUCAUAGUUCAAAGCAUUCACUGAAAAAAUUGUAGUUGUGUAAAUAGAACUUAUGUUUAAUUUGAACCUUAGUGUGCAGUAAUGUGCAGUAGUGUGCAGUAAUGUGCAGUAGUGUGCAGUAAUCACAUUGAAAUAUAGUCAUUUUGUUUGCCUUUAGAUAUUGGGGUAAUGCUCUGAAAUGAGUAAGAGAACCCCUUUCAGUUGUUACAUCAUUUCGUAAAGAUUAUAAUAUAGUGUUUGAACUAUAGAAAUAUUAUUAUAUUUAGUGUAGGUUAUAUAAUGUUUAAACUAUAGAAUUAUUUUAUGCCUUAUUGAACCAAUGUCUGACAGAAUACUCUGGUGAACCAUGUGGUUCAGUCUGGUUACAACCCUAGUCAAGGUAUCAGGUCAAGUGAGGUGGACUUCUACGGUGUAACGAAGUUCCCCUCUUCUGUGCUGGUCAAUGGGAACAGGGUGGCCUUUGGAUACAACAAUUACACCCAGGUCGGUCCUCAUCCCUUUGUGGAUGUUUUAGUAUAGUCAGUUGCCGUUUCAGAUCACGCAAAGCGCUUUGCGUUGCUAAAAAGCCGAGUCCUAUGGAACUUAGCUUUGAUGUGUACUUUCUUUCAAAUCACGUGUCUUUGUUCUUACUCUUGACACUUUCUUUCGUAACUCUUUUCCAUUUGGUAACUAACUAUUUUUGAGUUUAAAUUUUCUUAUUCUUGUUUCUUCAUAUUGAAACCUUUUUUUUUAAAUAGCAUUUUUAAUGAUGACUAUGUGUGACUUCAACAACCUCAUGAGAAUGAAUAUAUCCUUCAAUAUUUAAACUCUGUCAAUGAAUUUCUUUCUAUCAACUAGGCAAUUUUCUCACUUAGCUUUAAAAUGUGUUCUUUUUUUUAUGUACAGUUGUUGCAAGUCAGUAACCUGAAUGUGGACUUACUGCAGCCUUUAUCUGUCACAUGGAGCUAGAAAAUAUUCCAAAGAUGCAACAAAAAUAUACUGAAUGGAACAUUCCUUAGAAUUUGAUAUCUUAAAGAACUAAAACUUUGAGAGAACACAGGUACACCAACUGUCAGGGGAGAGAUAGAAAAACAUGGAUUUUAAUCACUAAAAAAAAAGAAAAAAAAUUUGAGAAAAUUUGAUGACAUUAAGUUGUCAUGCAAUUAACAAUGGCAAAUGGCAGUAUAAAUUGUUUUUUGACAAAUAAAAAUUUGACAAGCAAUGGUAUACAAUUAAGCUUGACAAGCUUAAAGAAUUCCAAUGCCUUUUAAUUAAUUAUCAGGAAAUUCUUUCAUCUCCAUUGUUCAACUUGCAAUAUUCAUAUUGAUCAAUAAUUUUGUGCAACAUUCAUCUUUUUUUUUUUUUUUUUUGCUUAUCCAAAAAUUUGUUUGAAAUAAAUUGGGCAAAUGGAAAAUUAAUAAAAUGGAAAUUUGGUUGAAANCGUUUUUUUUUUUUUUAUUUUUUUUUUAUUUUUUUUUAAUUUUUUAAUUUUUUUUUUUUUUUUUUUAGUUAGAAAAUUUUUUUUUAAAAGAAAUUUAUUUAAUGGAAUUUUUUUUUUUUUUUUUUUUAAAUUUUACAUUCAAACAAACUUUUUUUUGAAACAAUUUCCAUUUGAUGACAUUUGCUAUUGACCAAAUUUCCAUUCAACCAAAUUGCUGUUUGAUCACUUUUCCAUUGAUCAAAUUUCUUUCGAACAAGUGUGCGGGUAACUAUUUCUUUGUGUGACCUGCGAUAGGAUUCAAUCAUUUUGUUUGAAAUGGUAAGACAGAUCCAUGCGGAUGAGGGUGGGAUUUUCUUGGGUUGUACCUGUUGCACCUGUUGCCCUGUUUAAUUAAAUUAAGCAUAAAUUCUUACAAGUAUGAAAUCAACAUAAGUAGAUGAAACUUAAAUAGAGUUGAUCAUUUACUGAGUAAAAACCUUUUAAAAUCUGCUACUAUUUUUGUGUGUGUAAAUUUGUAAAAAAAAAACUAAAACAGUACUAGAAUAAGUUUGUGAAAAAGAUUUUGAUGUGUAGUUUAGUUAGUUAAAUAGUUUUUCACCUAUUUAUGAAAAUAAGUCUUGUAACGCAUUUUACUGAACUGCAUUUAGAAUAUAUUUUUUUUAAUGCCUAGGACUAUUUUACAAUCAAAUUUAACAUGUUAUCAUGUGCUUAAAAAUGACAAUUCGCUUUUAAUUUGAAGUGUUUUAUAUUUGUAGUGCCAUAUCACAUGUGAUGUUUGAAUGGGUUUUAUUUUUAGCAUUUUUAUUCCAAUCUUAGAUGACAAUCCAACAUAUUUUUAAGUGAAUGGCUUUUUAAUUGAGUUUAACUGUGUCUUCUCCAACUUGUUAACAUUUUAUGGGGGUGGCCUCCUUUUCUAAGUACAUUUAUUGGUAUGUAAGAGUCUUAAACAGCUCAUAAAACAUUGAUUAAGUAUUUGAACAGAACCUGAUACAUAAAUGUUUUGAACAUUUUAUUUUUUUUACACAUUAAGUCUCAGUUUUCUUAAUUUUUAAUGAAAUAUGAAUUUACUUCCAAUUCUUUAAAAUAUAAUUUAUCGUAAUGGUAUAAAUAUUAUAAAAAUAUGACUUAAAUAUCAUGUUUCAUUGUUGAUCACGGUGAAUGAUCACUAUACAUUAUUGUAACAUUGACAUACCUAAUAACACCCAAAUCGAUUAAAAAGAAUGUAGUGAAAAAUGUUAACUACAUGGUUGAAUUUUUUAAAUGACAAAAAUUUUAAUUCCUUUGAGAAGAAAGAAAACAAAAAUCUGUUUUGUUUUGUUUGUUAUUUUGUAAUCUUACACUUUUUGAAAAAAAAACAUUAAGAAGCUCUGCAAUUGGAUUUUUGUUUUGUAAUCUCAUUUGAUGUGUAAAGGUUGGACGCUACUCUCAGGGAGUAGCUAUGAUUUUAUUAUUAUUUUUCGUUAUUGAUGCCAGAAGACAAUUCAUGUAAAUUGCCAUAUGAUUUGUAAGCUCAAUUAAAAGAGUUAUAUUUCUCACAGCAUUUUUAUAAAUCUAAGUUUGGGUGAUAAUUUCUUAGUGCAGUUGGUCAUGACAAUUUUUUUAAACAUUUUUUUUUUAAACAUGCAUUUUAAAAUCUUUAAUAUAGUUUUAGACGCUUACAUGGAGAAAAUCCUUUGACUUUUAUUUGAGGAUCUUUUCUUAUUCUAGUUUUUGUUAUAUCCAUUUUUUUUUUUCAUUAUACUUCAACAAUUUAAAUAAUCUAGAAAACUUAAUUUUCCUCUUGCUAUCAGCCUGCUUUGUUUCCAUGUUUAAAUCAUGUAUUUUUGUUGCCUGAUGUUAUUGUAUCCCUGAGUCUUUCAUCAGCUGUCUACUUCGGUUACCGGAAAUUUGUUUGAAAGAAAUUUCGUCUACGGAAAUCGAUCUACAGAAAUUUGAUCGAAAGGAAUUUGGUUGAAUCUUUUUUCAGUUCACACGUUAAAAUUUUUGUCAAAUUUCUUUUUAAACGCUCUAUACGAUAUAGUUUAGUAAAACAAAUAAUGCGUUCAAAAAGAAAUUUGAUGCAA